AUGGGUGGGGUGACCGAGGCUGAGUACGCGCGCUACAAGGCCGCCAAGGCCUACCCGGGCUACCGAAAAAUGCGCAAGCGAAUCGAGGCGCAGCUGCGACGCACCUCCACCGCGCGCAUGGGUUGGCCCACCGCGCAGCGGUCCUUCGUGUUCGUCCUGCGCGUCUGCGUCGCGACGCUCUUGCUGCCGUUCGACAUCCUCACGGGCAACGCGAUGGAGUCCGGGGACUACGCUCGACCCGCGAUGGGCGUGUUCGGGCUGUCCCUCGCGUACGGCACGUUCAGGUACGUCACGAGGGGCGGACCGAACGGAUCGACGCUGCAACAGCGCGCCACCCCCGAUCGCAGGCGCGUGCACCGCCCGGUGGAGAUUCCCCACUGGGCGAACCCGUGCAACCUGGAGGGGCUCCCGGGCGCGGCGGCGGUGUGCCCGCAGCACGCGGAGGCGCGGGGACGCAAGCGCCUGUACGUGGACGUCGACGAGGGGGCCGCGAACGGCGCGUCUACGAGAUCGCCCGCCGUGUACGAGGUCCACGAGGCUCCCGACGGGCAGAGGGUGCUCACGGUGGACGGGGAGGUUUACACCUCAUACGACACGCGGAACGGACGCGUGGGGCACGAGUACGCGCGCGCGGCUGUGCGCAUCGCGUCCACGUGGGAGCGUCGCACCGCGGGGGGCGCGACGCAGACCAGGGUCCUGGUGCUCGGACUCGGAGGCGGCGGGAUGGUCAGCGGGAUCCACCACAGGUGCCACGCCAGAUCCCGCUCCAGGCACAGGCGCGGGCACGACGGUCAGAGCGGGUGCAUCAUCACCGCCGUGGAGAUCGACCCGAGGGUGGUGCGAAUAGCGCGAGGGCUGUUCCUGGGGAAGAAGGAGGACGACGGGGUGACGCCGGACGACAAGAACAUCCACGAGUCAGUCGCGUUUGUCGAGCAGGACGCGGUCGAGUACGUCAGGACCAGGGCGAGGUUCGGCGCGUUCGACGUGGUGAUCGACGACGUGUUUGACAGCUCCGGAGCGCGGCCGGAGGAUAUGAAGCGGCGCGACUUCUACGCCGACGUGUAUCGGCGACUGAGUCACGGCGGCGUGUACGUGGUCGUCGUGCCGGCGCCCGCGUGGGGACCGGGCCGGGGAUGGCGGGACCUGGCGACGUCCGCGGGUAACAUGCGGGCGGUGUUUGGGAAGGGGAACGUGCGGGUGGUGAAGACGGGGCCGUACGUGCCGCUGUUCCCGCAGCGGCAGCUGGUGGUGGGCACCAAGGUGGUGGACCAGCGAUUGCUGGACUCGAAGUACGGUUGA